AUAACUAUUUAUGCAAAUGUUAAGGAGUACAUAUAAAUAUCAGAAACCAAUGAAACUCAAAUAUAUAUAAACUGAAUUGCAUAUUAAAAUAUUAUUGUACAAUUUUGAUUAGUGGACAAAUCAAAUUUUUAUUCAUGCGUAGCAAGUCUCCAACAAUGUUUGGCAAAAUCGUUGCGUUUGUACAUCACUUUAUGUUACCACGUGCAUGACAAUUCACCAUCGAGUUAACUUAGUUGCGUUUGUCAAUUAUUUAUUUUAGGUGAAAAAAUAAAUCUGAAAAAUUUUCUUUUAUUGUUGGUUAUUACUCAUUCGUUUUUGUAUUUACUCGGUUGAAGUGGUGUGUGAACCUGAAGCUCCAUAAAUUUUUGCAAAUCAAUUUUUUGGGAUAAAAGUAUUCUAUUUUAGACUGCAUCAUCACCAUGUCGCGAGCACAUAUGAAGAUGGUACAAAUAUCUGCACAAACAUUGCCACUCUUCGUAAGUAAACCUGGUGAAAAAGUUCCUCCGCUCUGCGGAGCUAUACCAGCGGAUAGUAGUUACAUAGCAAAAGUCGGAGAUAAUGUAGCAGCAUUAGUUAAAAGCGUGGACGAGGAAGAAAAUUGGAUAUUGGCUGAAGUAGUGCAAUUUUUAACAAGACAAAAUAAAUAUGAUGUUAUUGAUAUCUUUGAAGAACAAAAAGAUAGACAUGUUCUGAGUAAGCGUAAUAUUAUACCCUUACCAUUAAUGCGAGCUAAUCCAGAAACUGAUGGUCAUGCACUAUUUUCCAAAGGAACAAUGGUUUUGGCACUAUAUCCUCGGACUACGUGUUUCUACAAUGCAAUUGUACAUAAAUUGCCAGAGACAGCAAAGGAUGACUAUGAAGUACUAUUUGAGGAUUCCUCAUUUUCAGAUGGCUAUACAGAACCGCUACGGGUGGCUCAACGUUAUGUCAUUACAUAUAGACCAACAAAGAAAGGAAGCAACGGCGGAAGUGGAAGUGUUUCAUCAGCAUAAGCAAUAAAUAAUAUAACAAUUAAUUUCUUAAAUAUAAAAUUAUUUACUUAAUAAAUAUUGUACAGUUUUA